UCAUGAAAGCUGAAAUCCUGGAUUUAAAGAUGUGAGGGCCCAGUCUAGGGAAAACAGUUGACCGAUAAGGAAUAUGAAUUCCAUUGUUCUUCAAGGAAAAGAUUAAUUAUUCAUAGUUUUUAUCCAAAUAUCCCUAAAGAUGAGGAACCUGUACUCAAGGGAUGCAGGGUCCGGAGAAACAAGAAGAGGAAGUGUAGCGAGUUUAUCCUUAACCGUUAACCCUAUGCACGCCAAGUAUAAGGGUAUAGUAUCAACCCCUGGGUUCUGUAAGUUCAGUGCUUGGAAGCGCGAGACGGAAAUCCCUAAACAAUCCUUCUCCUCCUGGAUACUGGGGAAUAUGGGGAACCAGUCUAAAAACAAGGUUUGGAUGAAGGAUAUCACAACAGGGAGAAGUGAGACGUAUGCUUCAGCAAAGAUUCAUGUUGAAAGAGUUGUAAAGGGUCUGAGCAAGCUAGGUGUUGAGAAAGGAUCUGUUGUCUGUAUGUGGACAACAAACUUUGUUGAAUACUGGAUCUGUUGUCUUGCUGCCUGGGAGCUAGGAGCAGCUGUUAUGCCUGUCAACUGUCUCAUCCAUACAGAUAAACUGGCGACCCAGCUGUUAGAGACAGCUGCCGGAUAUCUGGUCUGUGACGAGUUGAACCUCGAGGAUGCACUGGCGUUAAAAUCUAAAGUUUCCUCUAUUAAACAUAUUAUUUUAAUGGAUCAGGAUGAAUGUGCAGAGGAUGCAUUAUGCUUUCGUAAGCUAAUGAAUACAGAGGAGAACGUAAGAGUGAGCUUGAAACCUGUAUCCCUGGAGAAGGAUCCAAUAUAUCUGAUCUGGACGAGUAUAAAGGAUGAACCACUCCUGGUGGAGCAUACUAAUAAAUCUCUCCUGUCUCAGAUGUUUAGUCCUAGUGGUACUUCCAACCAUUGGUUAGAUCAGAACCAAAGUGAAGUCGUCUUCGGUGGAUGUUGGUUUUUCCACACUACAGGUUUGUACAGCUUCGCCCUGUCUGCUGCACUGGGAUUGACUCUUCAUGUUCUCUCGGAGUACACGGAUGAAAACACACGUAAUGGAUAA